AACGAAAGGAGAGAAUCCCAAAAAAUGACAUCCACAUUUCCAGAGGAAAACCGCGGCGUUUAGAGACGUUGUCCUGAAGUUUCCCUCGCCUCGUCACAUUAUUGCGGAUUACAUUGUCUCCAGAUAUGUAGUCAUUAGACUUUGGAAAUGCAUAUUUAAUACAGAAGGAUAUAGUGUUUGCACACAAUUGUUAUCUACGCGUCUAAUUUACUCCCUGAUUUCAAACUCAUGUGUGAUUUAAUGCCAGCGGCUCAACCUGCCGAAAAAAUCGGCAAAAUGAAGAAAUUAAGAAGAACUUUGUCGGAGAGCUUCAGUCGCAUCGCCUUCAAGAAAGAAGACAGCGGCUUUGACGAGAUAUGUGUCACCAAGAUGUCCACUCGCAGCUGCCAGGGAUCCGACUCAGUCAUCAAACCCCUGGACACCAUUCCUGAAGACAAGAAGGUGCGAGUGCAGCGGACGCAGAGCGGGUUCGAUGCCUUCGAGAAACCGGCGAGUCAGGUGAAGCGGGUCCACUCAGAGAACAAUGCCUGCAUCACCUCCAAAAGCUCCUCCUCUGGGAAAGAGUCUCCAAAACUACGCCGUCACUCCAGUCCUAGUUCUCCCACAAGCCCAAAGUUCGGGAAGGCAGAUUCCUACGAGAAGCUGGAAAAGCUCGGAGAGGGAUCCUACGCAACCGUAUACAAAGGGAAGAGCAAGGUGAACGGGAAGCUGGUUGCGUUGAAAGUGAUUCGUCUGCAGGAGGAAGAGGGAACUCCUUUCACAGCGAUCAGAGAGGCGUCUCUGCUGAAAGGCCUGAAGCAUUCGAACAUAGUGCUGCUCCACGACAUCAUCCACACGAAGGAAACCCUGACGCUGGUGUUUGAGUAUGUGCACACAGAUCUGUGUCAGUACAUGGACAAGCAUCCCGGGGGUCUCCAUCCGGACAACAUCAGGCUGUUCCUGUUCCAGUUAUUGAGGGGUCUGUCUUACAUCCAUCAGCGCUACAUCCUUCACCGAGACCUGAAGCCACAGAACCUGCUCAUCAGCGACACAGGCGAGCUCAAACUGGCCGACUUCGGUCUGGCUCGUGCGAAGUCGGUCCCCAGCCACACGUACUCUAAUGAGGUGGUGACUCUCUGGUAUCGUCCUCCAGACGUGCUGCUCGGCUCCACUGACUACUCCACCUGUCUGGACAUGUGGGGUGUUGGAUGCAUCUUCGUGGAAAUGAUCCAGGGAGUGCCGGCAUUCCCGGGCAUGAAGGACAUUCAGGAUCAGCUGGAGAGGAUAUUCCUGGUUUUGGGGACGCCGUCGGAGGACAUGUGGCCAGGUGUUCACUCGCUCCCGCACUUCAAACCAGAUCGCUUCACCGUCUACAGUCCCAAGAAACUCAGACAAGCCUGGAAUAAGCUGGGUUAUGUAGAUCAUGCUGAAGAGCUGGCUUCCAGAUUCCUCCAGUGCUUCCCAAAGAACCGUGUCUCGGCCCAGGCGGCGCUCCACCAUGAGUACUUCGUCCAUCUGCCCCCGAGACUCUGGGAACUGCCUGACAUGUCUUCUAUCUUCACCGUUCCGACCGUUAAGUUACAGCCUGAAUCUGGCGACAGCAUCCAGGUGUGCAGUAAGACCAACAGUCACGGCAAGGGGACGUCAAACAGCAAACACUGACCUGGACGAGCCGCCCGCCGGGACCCAAACAGGAGCUGGAAGGGCGUCUGACCAGAGCGGCUGCGUGUUUGUUUUCCGUGCGGUGGAGGGGCGUUUCUGACGGAUAAACCCAGACUAGAGGGAAUGUAGCGAACUCGUCUACAGGCUGUGUGAUUGAUCAAAUUGUCCAAAGUCAACAGAGCAAACAGAUAACAUACCCGGUACGCGA